AUGUCUCACGGUAUAUAUUUAACAGAUGCUCCAGUUAGGAGACCACAAACUAAUGGUAAUCCAUUAUUAAGAAAAAUUCAAAGAGCUUGUAGAAUGUCUUUAUCAGAACCAGAUUUAGCUUUGAAUUUAGAUGUAGCAGAUUACAUUAAUGAAAAGCAAGGUGCUUCUUCAAGAGAUGCUGUUAUCACUAUUGCUAGAUUGAUUAAUACAAGGGAUACACAUACCGCUGUGUUUGCCUUGGCUUUGUUGGAUGUUUUGGUUAAAAAUUGUGGUUAUCCUGUGCAUUUACAAAUUUCGAGAAAAGAAUUUUUGAAUGAAUUGGUCAAAAGGUUUCCUGAACACCCACCAAUGCGUUAUUCUAAAGUUCAGAGAUUAGUGCUUACAGCUAUCGAAGAAUGGUAUCAAACUAUUUGUAAACAUGCUACUUAUAAAGAAGAUAUGGGAUUUAUUAGAGAUAUGCAUAGAUUAUUGAAAUACAAAGGAUAUGUUUUCCCAAAAAUCGAUGAUAGUGAAUUAUCUGUUUUAAGACCAAAUAAUAGCUUAAAAUCCGCAAGUGAAAUUCAAAAGGAACAAGAAAUUGCACAGGCUGCAAAAUUGGAAGAAUUAAUUAGACGUGGUAAGCCAGAAGAUUUAAAAGAAGCAAAUAAAUUAAUGAAAAUCAUGGCUGGUUUUAAGGAAGAUAACCUUGUACAAGCAAAACAAGCAAUUGUUCAUGAAUUAAACAAGUUGAAACGUAAAGCAGAUUUGUUAAAUGAAAUGCUAAAUUCAACAGAAGGACUACAAAACGAAACCGUAGAAGAAUUAUAUGGUUCAUUAAAGUCUGCUCAACCAAAAUUUCAAAAAAUCAUUGAAGAAGAACAAGAUGAAGACACAGAAUUGGUUCAAGAUCUAUUGAAAUUCAACGAUAAUGUUAAUCAAAUAUUAGAGAAAUACAGACUGUUGAAGGACGGUAACACCGCGGCAGCAUCUCAAAUUAACCCAGCUGCUAUGUCAUCAGCAAUUCAAGAUAGUCAUACUGGUGCUCUUGCUAACGAAUUGAACUUGAUUGAUUUUGAUGAUGAUAUGGGUUCGGAACCUUCUGCUCCAGUAUCAACAAAUAAUGCUACCACCUCUGCAGCUGCUUCUGCCGAUCCUUUGGCGGAUUUAUUAGGCGAUUUGGGUGAUAUGAAUAUUUCAACUCCAUCAAACCAACUUUCAUUCGGUCAAGGAGGAGAUAUAUCCUUAGGCUCUUCCCAACCUGCAAAACCAGUUUUAAAUACAGAUCCUUCUUCAUUAUCUACACAAAAUGAUGCAUUCGAUUUGUUAGACGGGUUUGAUACCGCCUCUCCAUCGGCUUCAAAAACAAGUCAAAGGGUUCUUGUUAAUCAAUCAUCCAAUUUAAAAUUAGAUUUCGAAUUAACUAAAACUUCAAACUCUUCAGUUGAUGUUAAAGUAAUCUUUUCUAACUUAUCAUCAAAUACAGUAAAUGACUUAACAUUUUUAUUGGCUGCUCCAAAGACAAUGACAUUAAAAUUAUUGCCUCAAUCUGGUAAUUCUAUGAAUGCUUUAGUUUCAGAUGGUAUCACUCAAACUGCUAAAAUUGAAAAUGCCACUCUGGAUGGCGCUAAACCUUUGAAAUUGAAAUGGAAGGUAACAUACACCGUUAAUAAUUCACCUGUAGAAGAAACUGCAGUUUUCACUUUACCAAAAGUAUAA